AUGGAGCAAAUAUCUGCCACGAUUCCACCCCGGUCUCCUCAGAAAACCACUGUACCCAGCACUACCCCGCAGGGGGUGGGCAGUGUUCAGAAACGCUUGGGUAAUGAGCUGAUGACGCUGAUGAUGAACGCCUCGCCGGGCAUAUCCGCGUUCCCAAAACAUGACGGCAAUCUGUUUGAGUGGGCGGGUACGAUAGAAGGACCCGCAGGAACGAUUUACGAUGGACUAACGUUCAAAAUAUCAAUAAACUUUCCCUCAAACUAUCCCUAUGUACCUCCAGCCAUCAAGUUCGAUACACCCUGUUUCCAUCCAAACGUUGAUAUCACGGGAGGCGCCAUAUGCUUGGAUAUACUGCAGGACAAAUGGUCGGCUGUAUAUAGCGUCCAAACAAUUCUAUUGUCCUUGCAAUCACUGCUUGGGGAACCGAACAACGCAUCUCCUCUUAAUUCGGAGGCCGCUAAUGCCUGGAACAAUCCUGAUAUCUUUAAGGCGCACUUGAUGAGACAUUACCGACCUGUCAAUAAUGCUUGA